ACUAGUUAGCGUGUUGCCGUUUCGUGUUAUUGUGCGAAAGUUUGCUCGGUUCGACGAAUUUCUGAGCUUUUUCAAUCACGUGCAUUUAUAGGAAUAUUUGGAUAUUAACAAAAUGAGCAAGUCUACGGGCAAUGCGCCGCCGUUCACAUACGUUCCACCGCCAUCGGCGCCCCCAUCCUAUCUGGAGGCCGUGGGCGGGGUGAAGCCAGUGGGUCCAUACACGCCAGUUGUAGCGCCUGCUACCGCCGGGGGUACAAAUAUACUGACGACAGUUGUGCCCAUUGGACGGACUUCCACACACAUGAUAUGCCCCUCAUGCCAUGCGGAGAUUGAGUCGACAACACGCACAGAGCCGGGCAUGAUUGCCUAUUUGUCCGGUUUUGUAAUUGCAUUGCUUGGUUGCUGGCUGGGCUGCUGCUUGAUACCUUGUUGCAUUGAUGACUGCAUGGACGUCCACCACACGUGCCCCAACUGCAAGGCAUAUUUGGGACGUUAUCGGCGAUAAAUUUCUGCAAGUUCUACUGCUGCUUUGCACACAAACACACUCCCACAAACUCACAGACAGUUAUACAUAUGGAACGAGUAGAGCGAUGGAGAGUUAAAUUUAAGCGAUGUUCUGCCUUUUUCAUUAUAUUGUAAUAAUAACACUUGGAUUCCGUGGCCAAAGGGAAUGCAAGCGCUUAUCUCUAAUCUAAUGCUAAUCCAUGCUAAAUUGCUCAUGCUCCAGGCACUUAAUUGGUAGCUCGAAAUUACAUUUAGUUUGCCAAAAAUAUUUGUAUAAAAAUAUUUUAGUUAUUUAAAUUUUAAAUAUUCGGAAAACAUGUAGCUCUCUUUGGUAGCUUUCGAAUAGUAUAUUCUAAUUUUUAUGUAAAUAUUACACCCAAUUGUCCAAACACUUGGUUAUACGAUACCAUUUGUCCAGCUAUAACAUCUUAAUGUCAUGUUCUAUUUGUUUUUGAGAAGUGACUGUUAAUGUUUAAUGAAUUU